UUAGCUUGGUUCGAGCGAAGUCAUCGGGACCGAAGAAGACUUUACCGCCGCCGCUGCCACUGCUGCAGCCUCCCUCUGCCCAGCUUUCACCGGAGGAUUUUUACGGGAUAACAGAGAAGUUCUUCGGCUAUUUAGCGGAUUUUAACGGCUGUGAAUUCUCUCGGUACUUUUCUCCUUUCUCCAAGCGGCGGGCGGACUGUUCGCUGUCCCGCAGGCUGGAGGCUAGCGUCGGUUACUGCGGCUAAACAUGGUGGCCUGUAGGAACGGAGAGGAGCCGAGCCCCAGCUCUGCGGGUUUGGGGGUGUUAUAAGGGAACGCGAGGACGUUUUGGCUGCUGCUCCACCCUUUUCUAAGUCUGCGCUUUGUUAAUCUGGAGGUUUCUACGGGGCUCCCCGUGUGUUUCCGUUAAACCCGAACAGCAGUACCACCGGCGGCAGCAGGACCCCGUCCGUGUUCGGCGGAGCGUGGAUAAUCAUCCCGAAAAAGUUCUUCCAGGCCGCCUUAAAGUUUGCCCGCGGACCUGGGAAACUCCAGACCGUCCUGGACACUCCUCCAGCUGCUGUGUUUACGUUACGGAUACUUUGAGGCUCUCAAACCGGGAUGAAUUGUUGCACAAGUGCAGCCUGAUGAAACAGUUUGUUUUACCCCCUUCCUCCUCCUCCUCCUCCUCCUCCUGUUCAGGGUCUGAUUGUUAAUCUGAGGAUUAUUAUGGAUUGUUACCAUGGCCUAAUCCAGCCAGACUCUGAAUUUGGGGACUAACUGCAGAUGUAGAGGCUGACUGUGAUGGUGAUGAUGAUGAUGGUAUCUCUUCGCGAUGAUUCUGAGUAGAGAGGAGUUCAUUACAUGGAGACUCGCCUGACAUGCCGAGGAAGGAGUUGCCACUACCUGACGGUUGGGAGGAAGCCAGAGACUUUGAUGGGAAAGUUUACUACAUUGACCACAUUAACCAGUGCACGAGCUGGAUCGACCCCAGAGACAGCGACGCGCUCAGCGCCCAGAAGGAGAUCUACCAGGUGAAGGAGCAGAGGCUCCGCCUGGCACAGCAGGAGUACCGCCAGCUCAACGACGCGUGGAGGGACAAGUCCACGUCGCAGACGAGCUUGAAUUCCAGAUCGUCCUCUUCCAGCAAAUACGACCCGGACAUCCUCAAAGCCGAGAUAGCCACGGCCAAAAGUCGGGUGAACAAGUUGAAGCGGGACCUCGCCUGUAUGAAGCAGGAGCUGCUGUACAAAGAGCAAGGCUUCGAGACGCUCAAAGAGAUCGACCAGAAGGUGUCCAACAGCCCGUCCGGUUACAGGCUGCAGGAGGCCCAGGCCAUCCUCAGCGAGGUGCGCUCCAUCCGCGACGCCAUCAGCUCCGGGGAGAAGGAGAAGCAGGAGCUCAUGCAGAAACUGGCGGUGCUGAAGGACGGCUUCCGGCUGGACUCGGGCUCGCAGCAGGAGCUGUGGGGCAGCAGCACCUCGCUUGCGAACUCCGACCUGUCCAUCCCGCGGCUCUACUCCGACGCCAGCUCGCAGACCGACAUCCCCGCCGAGUUCAUGACGAGCAGCAACAAACUGGCCGAGAAGGUUCGCGUGAGCCUGAAGUACGAGGAGGCCAAGAGAAGGAUCGCCACCAUCGAGGUGCAGAUCGCCAAACUGGACAGCGAGGCGUGGCCGGGGCUGCUGGACCCGGAGCGGGACCGCCUCAUCCUCAUCAACGAGAAGGAGGAGCUUCUGAAGGAGCUGCAGUACAUCAGCCCGCGGCAGCGGCUGCAGCCCAACGACGCGGAGAAGCUGGAGUCCGAGAAGAAGCGGCUGGAGCGAGACCUGCAGGCCGCCAGAGACAACCAGAGCAAGGCGCUGACCGAAAGGCUUCGUCUUCACUGCAAGAGGAACAAGCUGGUCAGAGAGCUGGAGGAGAACGUUCGCCUCGCCACCAUGCUGCACACGCAGCUCAAGAGCCUGUCGGCCAGCACCCUCUCCUGUUCGUCCGGCAGCAGUCGAGGCUCUCUGACCUCCAGCCGCGGCUCGCUGGCCACCACCUCCAGCCUCGGCUCCACCUCCUCCCUCAGCUUCACCGACAUCUACCUGGAGCAGCCGGAGCUGGCCGACCCGGACUUCCAGAACAAGCUGGACAGCCUCCUGCAGGAGGGCGUCCAGGGAGGGUACCGGCCCUCCAGCUCCAUCACCACCAUACACGAGCACGAGGUGGUGACCGGCAGCGGCACGAAAGACGCCGGGAGACCCCAGAGCAAGUCGGGAGGCACCGGAGGAGACGCUGGAGGAGGCACAGGGGCCGCCGUGGGGGCGGAGCCUUCCAGGAUCCAGGCCCUCAAACUGUCAGAAACCCCACGCUCGAUGAACUCCUUAUCCCCGCGCUCGUCUCUCUCCUCGCUGUCUCCGCCGUGCUCGCCCCUGGUCACGGACGCUAGCUUCCUGUCAGGCGAGACGUUCGCGGGCCAGUCGGGCGGCUCCGGGUUGGGCCUCGACCUGGAGCUCCACAGCAGGCUGGCCGAGCUGGAGCUCAGGCUGGACUCUGAGGAGCAGCGUCAGGAGGAGCAGGGAGCUCCGGAGGAGAAGCAGAACCACCACGGCAGGCUGGGCGAGGAGGUCAAAGGUUCAGCUUCCGAGCUGCGAGGGACGGGGGCGGGGCCAAAGAAGAUUGGGGUGACCUCGGCCGUGUCUGACGAGUCGGUCGCCGGCGACAGCGGCGUGUACGAGCCGUCAGAGCGCAAACCUGGCCUCCCCGCUGACCUCCUGCUGAGCUCCUACGAGGACCGCCUGGCGCCCGGCUGCCCUCAGGUGCAGCUCGGCUUCCGUUACGAGGCCAGAGACCGCCGCUUCACCGUCUACGUCAUGCAGCUGUCCAACUGCAGCGCCCUCUGUCUGCCGACCGACCAGAAAAUGUAUGUACGCGUGGCGGUGCUUCCCUGCGUGGAGGCCACUCGCUGCCUCUUCCGAACACGCAGCUCGCCACCUCGAGACGCCGUGGAGUUCAACGAGGUGUUUGGCAUGCAGAUAUCCCACAGUGCACUGCGGCAGAAGACCCUGAGGGUGGACGUGUGCGACACCGGCAAGUCGGGCCACGAAGAGUGUCUGGCGGGAGCUCAGAUCAGCCUCGCUGACGUCAGCUGUUCGGAGGAGAAGUGCACCAAGUGGUACAACCUGCUGAGUCGCGUCUACCUGCCCGAGGUGAACAAGGAGACGAGCAUGGACAGCCUGCCGUCGCUGCAUCACUGCUCCGUGGUUCGGCCCAAAGAGCGGCGCCCGGACGUCCGCCAGCAGAACCCCUUCAUGAGGGGCAACACCAUCAUCCGCUCCAAGACCUUCUCGCCCGGACCUCAGAGCCAGUACAUCUGCAGGAUUAACCGCAGUGACAGCGACAGCUCCACGCUCUCCAAGAAGUCCCCGUUUGUCAGAAACGCCUCCGAGAGACGCAGCAUGCGCAUGAAGAGGGUAAAGACUCCGCCCCCUCACCUCUGCAUCACUGCAGAACCAUUAUACUCAUCCAUCACUGAGGAAAUUCACCUGUUACAGCAGCACAAGGCUCAGGAAGAAAAGGUGAAUUGGAGACUAAUAAACAUAAAUACUAUACAGGAGUAAUUGGUACCAUGUACAAAUGGUAAACAGUGAAACGGACUAAAAUACACUAGAGGACUGGAAGACGGCAACAUUUUGCAACAUUCUAUCCAAACACAUUUUUUUUUCUCUUAGUUCUAUAUGAUGUCAUACAGAGGGGAUUUCCCUAAUAUGGCCAUCUCAGGCUCCACCCAAAAGAAAGCCUUUCUCAAAGGGGAGGGGCUUAAACAGCUGUUAUAUAACUGUUAUUAAAGCUGCUCUCUGUGAGACGAAGAGUUAAAAAUAAGCUGCCACACUUACUGCCAAACUGACCUGGACUGAAAUCUUAAGGAUUAUCUUCAUCGUCAAACACUGGCACAAACUGUAAGUUUUCUGUAAACUGAGCGACGUCGUGCUGACGGCACAGGUGGUCGUAGCACGUCAGCGCAGCCGCACGAUAGCAGCUCAGAGGAGACGCGUCACUCUGAGCGUAAUCCGUAAUCAUCGUCUCUCGUCACACAAACACAUCGGUGUAGAAACAGCACUAACUCGCACUAACACUCAGGUAGUUGAUCGGGUAGUUUGCACUUUAAGAAACUUGAGGUAGAAGUUUGAAAAAAGAAAAACUUGAUGUGGGUUUUUGGAAAGUUAAACGUCUGGAAACCUUUGCCUCACGCUGGAACGAUUUCUGAUUGUCGGAACAGGAAGUGAUCUCAAACGCAUUUCUGAUGACUGUGAACUUGUUAUUGAUCGUAUGAUUGUUUGACUGGAAGCGACUGAAAAAAAACCGAGUCGUCAGCCAAUAGGAAGACGGAAGUCCAGCUUUGCUUUGUAAGCUCCUGCGCUUCUCUCUGAUUGGCUGAUCAGUUUUUGCAGUUUUAAUUUCAGACUUCCUGCCCUCACGUUUCCACCUGUAACUGGAUGUUUGUGAAGCAUUCAGUUCUAUUAGAACUGGACCUUCUGCACUUAAAACUGUUGGAUGGCGUUAGUGUGGUGCCCCAGCAAAGCUCAGCAUAUCGCCUUUUUUUCCUCAGCUGGUUAUUUAAACUGUUUCUCUCCUCGUUUCAGUCUGUUUGAAGCUCUGAAACGAGGAGAAAGACACAUUCAGUGAACUUAUCAAUGCAUUGAGCAGCUAAAGAGCCUCAGGAGUUGGUAAAUAUUAGAAAAACGUCACUCCCAAAGACUCCUGACACGUUCUAUAUAAACUGAUGUUUAAUGUAGUGUUUACAUAAACAAGCAAAAAGAAAUCUGACACAGGAAAUGUUUUACUUUUCAGGAUAUGGAGGAUUGAAGGUGCCAAAAUAAACAAAAUAUGUGACUGAGUGAAUAAUAAAAUGACAUUAAAUGUUCGAAAAAAUAAAUACAUGUAGGUAUUUAUUAAUUUGUAAAAUGUGACAUGAGUUAAUAUUUUUAAAUUAAUUUUAUGCAGAAAUACAGGGAAGGUCAGUAAACAGAUAUUUGUCUUACAUUUUAUAAUUGAAUGCCUUGAAUGUUGAAGAAUUUUGUUGUUUUUUACAUUUGUAAUUUAUUUAUUAAUUUGCUUGCUGUUCCAUUAUUAUUUUGGCGGUUUUGAUCCUCCAUACAGGCAUGUGUCAGGAAGUCUCCAAAAUAACGAUUUAAAAAGUGGAAAAUUCUUCACGUGGAAAACAUUUAACAUGAAUUCUAGAUUAUUAUUACAAAAUGUGGGAUUAUAAACUACCUGCUGAACAUGGAGCAGAUGAUUUAUUCAGGUGGUGGAGACCAAAAAUGGA